AUGUCUUUGACUAUUCAUAAGGUUCCUACCGUCCCCAUUGAGGGGCAGAAGACAGGCACUUCGGGUCUUCGCAAGAAGACGGCGGUGAUCACAGGCACUCCUAACUACAUCGAAAACUGGCUACAGUGCUUGUUCACUUCCAUUGGUGACGACCUCAAGGGCAAGACUUUGGUCAUAGGCGGUGACGGGAGGUACCACAACUCAGCGGUUGCUCAGACGGCCAUUCGCAUCGGCUUUGCUAACGGUGUGAGGCGCUUCGUUGUGGGCAAGGAUGGUAUCUUGUCGACUCCUGGGGUAUCGGCAGUUAUUCGACAACGUGGUCUUUUUGGUGGAAUUAUCAUGACCGCAUCUCACAACCCGGGAGGCCCUAAUGCAGACUGGGGUAUCAAGUACAACUGCGAAAACGGUGGUCCGGCGCCUGAGAAGGUAACCGACCAGAUCUAUGUCCUCUCCAAGACCAUCAAGGAGUACUCGAUUGCGGAUCUGGACAGGCCAGUGGACCUCGCUCAGCUCGAUUUGGGUGGACCUCAUGCGAAGUGCUUCGACUUUGAGGCUUUGAAGAGGCUGGUUGCCCGUCCUGACUUUACUAUGCUAUAUGACGGUCUCAACGCCGUCACCGGGCCGUAUGCUAAGAAGGUAUUCGUUGAUGAAUUGGGAGCUCCCGCAGCCGCUAUCGUCGAAGGGACACCUCUCGAGGAUUUCGGUGGAGCCCAUCCGGACCCGAAUUUGACUUAUGCUCAUGGUUUGGUGGAGAAGAUGGACAGUUCGAAGAAUCCUAAUGCUCCGGUCUUUGGUGCCGCGAGUGAUGGGGAUGGCGAUCGCAACAUGGUCCUUGGCCGAGACUGGUUCGUGAGCCCCUCGGAUUCCCUCGCGAUCAUCUUCGACUAUGCCGCGCAAGGCGCUAUACCGUAUUUCAACAAGGCUGGUCUGCCUGGUGUAGCCCGGUCCAUGCCCACAUCCCGAGCUGUAGAUGUCGUUUCGAAGGCUCGGGGCAUCCCUUGCUACCAAACUCCGACUGGUUGGAAGUUCUUCGGUAACCUUAUGGAUGCUGGUAAGGUCUCGCUCUGUGGCGAAGAGUCCUUCGGCACUGGCUCCAAUGUGAUUCGAGAGAAAGAUGGUCUUUUCAGUAUCUUAUGCUGGCUCUCUAUACUAGCCUUCCGCAAUCAAGAUCCUACUAAGCCCUUGGUGGGUGUCCGAGAGAUCAACGAGGACCAUUGGCGCAAAUACGGUCGCCAUUUUUACACUCGCUGUGAUUAUGAAGGUGUGGAGAGUGAGGCGGCUGAUAGAAUGUUUGAUCAUAUCCGAGGAAAGAUCGCCGACAACUCUUUGGCUCGAGGUGUCAAGCUUGCCGAGGGCUGGACCGUGGCUAGCGCUGAGGAGUACAGGUAUGUCGAUCCGAUCGACGGCAGCAUCGCUGAGAAACAAGGCCUCAUCAUCACCUUUGAGAAUGGUGGGAGAAUCGUCUUCAGACUUUCGGGGACUGGCAGUGCUGGUGCGACCAUCCGUCUCUACAUGGAGUUGUUCGAGAAGGACUUCGACAAGAUAGCGUCCCAUGGGCCAUUGGUCGAGAGCGAGCUCAUGAAAAUUGCACUACGAGUGUCCGACCUGGAGGGUUUCACUGCUCGCAAGGAGCCCACCGUCAUCACCUAA